CAAAGAUUGACCUUUGUAGGGCGGGCUUUUGGGUUUUCGGCUUCAUCAUGGGUUCCCUUGUCCUUGAUAGGAGGUCUGGUGGUUUCUCGUUCGAAAACUGUUACAGGAAUAAAGUCAUCGAACAAAAGGGCCUUAAAUUGCCCAAAGCAGUAAAGACUGGAACAACGAUAUGUGGAGUCGUUUUCAAGAAUGGAAUAGUUCUAGGUGCAGAUACACGGGCAACAGAAGGUAGUGUAGUCGCUGAAAAAAACUGCUCAAAAAUUCAUCGCAUUGCGGAAAAUAUAUAUUGCUGUGGAGCUGGAACUGCAGCUGACACUCAAAUGGUUACAUUGAUGAUUUCUUCGCAAGUUGAGCUUCACCGUUUGAAUACGGGCAGGACUCCUCGUGUUAUCGCUCCACUUCGUCUCCUUAAACGCUAUCUUUAUCAGUACCAGGGUUAUGUUGGUGCUGCACUCGUACUAGGUGGUGUGGACUCAACUGGCCCUCAUUUGUUUAGCAUUGCACCGCAUGGAUCAACGGAUAAAUUACCAUAUAUCACUAUGGGUAGUGGGAGUCUUGCGUGUAUGUCUGUACUUGAAUCAAGAUUUAAAUUUGACAUGGAACAAGAUGAAGCCGUAAAAUUAGUACGUGAUGGAAUAGCAGCUGGGAUAUUCAACGAUAUGGGGUCUGGUAGUAAUGUUGAUAUAUGUAUUAUUACUAAAGAUGGGACAACCUAUAUACGAUCAUAUGAUGAAGCUAAUGUCAAAGGCAAGAGAGCAGAAAAGUAUAAUCCUCCGGAAGGUACUACUUCUGUUCUCCACAAAAGUGUUCAUCAUGUUGAGUUCGAUGUGGUCACAACACGUGUUGUUCGAGAUAUACCUGCUCAUAGUGUUGAGACAAUGGAUCUUUCUUAAAUGUAUUUUAAAUUUCCUCAAAUGAAUUGUGAUUCCUAUGUUGUUUGCUUUAUCGGUUGUUCAAAUAAAUUCACUGUAAAAACUUUCUUUUUUGUUGUCGAAAUGUUUUAACACCACAAUAUCCUUAUUCUGUUUAUUUUGAUUUAUUAAUAUGGAAUCAACACCAUUCAAAUUCAUUUUAUAGUAAAGUCAUGGAAUAAAAAGACAAAUAUGUAACAA